AUGGCUGCUCAGGUUACUAUCUCCAAGGCUUUCUUGCUUGUUCUUGUAAUUGCUGCAUUUGCUGUUGUUUCUGCCCAAGAUAGUGAAUCAAUGGGUCCUGCACCUGCACCAACAGGAAUGGAUUCUGGAGCUGGGUUCUCUUCGCCAGUUUCUGGUGCCAUUGUUGGGUUCUCUCUUGUUGUUUUUGUUUCUGCCCAAGAAAGUGAGAUGGCUCCUUCACCAGCACCGAUGGAUGCUGGAGCUGGGUUCUCUUUGUCAGUUUCUGGUGCCAUUGUUGGAUUCUCCCUUGUUGUUUCUCUUCUCGGUUUCUUGAAACAUUGA